AUGUCAUCUCAUGGUAGUACCUCUGCCAUUGAAAAUAUGUCAAUUCAUUGUACUACUUCAAAAGAUGACACACCAGCCACUGAAAAUAUGUCAUCUCAGCAUAGUACUUCAGAUGAUACCACACCUGCCAUUGAAAAUAUGUCAUCUCAGCAUAGUACUUCAAAAGAUGCCACAUCUGCCAUUGAAAGUAUGUCAAAUCAGCAUAGUACUUCAAAAGAUGCCACACCAGCCACUAAAAAUGUGUCAUCUCAGCAUAGUACUUCAAAAGAUGCCCCACCAGCCACUGAAAAUAUGUCAUCACAGUUUAAGAGAUCAAAAAACAAAAAUAGUCCAGAAGAUGUCACAGUUGUCACUGAAAAUAUGUCAUCUCAUUGUAAUACUUUGGAAGAUGUAUCAGUUGUCAAGGAAAAUAUGUCAUCUCAGGGUAAUAGUCCAGAAUAUGUCACAGAAAAUGUGUCAUUUCUGUGUGAUAGUCCAGAAGAAGUCACAGUUGGUGAUAAAUCAUCUCAAAGAGGCAGUCCAAAACAGGAUUGUAAAAACAGUGGUAAUCUUACCGCUUCUGCAGGAGAAAGUACACCUCAAAAACAGCUAUCUGGGAAAGCAAGAAAAAAAAGGACAAAAACAAGAAAACAUGCCACUGAAAGAACAUUUAAAUGUGAACAGUGUGGUAAGUUAUUUGCUCAGAGUUUCCACCGGAAUGAGCAUGCACGCAUACAUACAGAAGUGAAAACGUUUGGAUGCAAGGUUUGUGGGAGAACAUUUAUGAGAAAGAAAGACAUGGAGAGACAUAUACAGACUGUUCAUAUGAAGGAAUAUGUGCAUCAUUGUAGCGAGUGCGGUAAAGGGUUCUCAAAAACAUCAAACUUGAAGAUUCACGUGAUGAGAAAACACACUGGAGAGAUGCCUUACAAAUGUAAGCAAUGUGGCAAGGAAUUCCCGCAUACCAGCAUGCUCAAAAACCAUGAACUGACACAUUCACAGCGAGGUGAAUUGGAGCGCAAACACCUGUGUGAAUAUUGUGGAAAGCUGUUCACCCGUGAGUACCAUGUUAAGCGACACAUACAAAUUCAUACAAGGGAAAACGCAAGCAUGUGUGAAAUAUGUGGAAGAUCAUUCACACAGAAAUGUCACUUAGACUCUCACAUGGGGAUUCAUGUGAGGGAUGAAAUGCUUAAUGAGGGAAAACUGAAUCAAGUCAUGUGA